CAGACGGACAGGCCCGAUCCAGUGCUGGUGGUGCACUGGCUCCAGAUUCUCACUGGUACAAAGAGAUGCCAAGGGUCAGUAUCUGUUUGACCUUCUCUGCCACCACCUAAACUUACUGGAGAAAGACUACUUUGGAAUUCGGUUUGUGGACCCCGACAAGCAAAGGCAUUGGUUGGAGUUUACAAAGUCUGUUGUGAAGCAGAUGAGAGCCCAGCCUCCAUUCACCAUGUGUUUCCGUGUGAAGUUCUAUCCCACUGACCCUGCUGCUCUGAAAGAGGAAAUAACGAGGUAUUUAGUCUUCCUGCAGAUCAAAAGAGAUCUCUACCAUGGUCGCCUCCUCUGCAAGACAUCAGAUGCUGCAUUGUUAGCCGCCUAUAUCCUUCAAGCUGAGAUUGGGGACUACGACCAUGGGAAGCACCCAGAAGGCUACAGCUCCAAGUUCCAAUUUUUCCCCAAACAUUCAGAAAAGCUGGAAAGGAAAAUUGCAGAGAUUCACAAAACAGAACUCAGUGGUCAGACACCAGCUACUUCAGAGUUAAAUUUUUUAAGAAAAGCCCAGACCCUGGAGACAUACGGAGUUGACCCACACCCAUGCAAGGAUGUGUCAGGAAAUGCGGCAUUUUUGGCCUUCACUCCCUUUGGUUUUGUUGUUCUGCAGGGAAACAAGAGAAUUCACUUCAUCAAAUGGAACGAGGUAGCCAAAAUGAAAUUCGAAGGAAAGACAUUCUGUUUAUAUGUAAGUCAGAAAGAGGAAAAGAAAAUUGGUCUUACUUAUUUUGCUCCAACACCAGAAGCGUGCAAGCACCUCUGGAAAUGUGGGAUAGAAAACCAAGCUUUUUACAAGUUGGAGAAGUCAAGCCAGGUCCGCACAGUAUCCAGCAGCAACUUGUUCUUUAAAGGAAGCCGGUUCCGAUACAGUGGCCGAGUUGCAAAAGAAGUGAUGGAAUCUAGUGCCAAGAUCAAGAGGGAGCCCCCAGAAAUUCACAGAGCAGGAUUGGUUCCUAGCCGCAGCUGCCCUUCCAUCACUCAUGGGCCAAGACUCAGCAGUGUCCCCAGGACUCGAAGGAGAGCUGUUCACAUAUCCAUCAUGGAAGGCCUGGAGUCUCUGAGGGACAGCGCUCACUCGACCCCCGUGCGUUCGACCUCUCACAGCGACACGUUCAUGGCCCACGCGCGGAGUAGCAGAGCCGAGAGCAGCGAGAGAGUGGCAGUCAUCUCGGAUGAGAUGUACAGCCCUGCGGAUAGCGUGCUGCCCACGCCCGUGGCAGAACACAGCCUGGAGCUGAUGCUGCUCUCCAGGCAGAUCAAUGGCGCCCCCUGCAGUAUUGAAGAAGAAAAGGAGUCUGAAGCCAACACACCUACUGCAACUGAGGCUGAUGAGAUGGGAGGCGAGUUCAGAGCCUUGUGUCAGGGUGUUGGUGGCAGUGGCGGGACACAAGCUGCACAGGUGAAUAAGUUUGUUUUAAGUGUCCUCCGUUUGCUCCUUGUGACAGUUGGACUCCUCUUUGUUUUGCUCCUUCUCCUGAUCAUCCUUACCGAGUCUGACCUUGACAUUGCCUUUUUCCGUGAUAUCCGCCAGACCCCUGAGUUUGAACAAUUCCAUUAUCAAUACUUUUGUCCCCUCAGGCGAUGGUUUGCCUGCAAAGUCCGCUCCGUGCUGAGCCUGCUCAUUGACACCUGAAGGCAUGACUCCUCCUAAUAACUAGCCAGGUGGAUUCAGAAGAUACCUGCUACCAGUUCCCAGCAAAUGGGACACAUCGUGGCACCAUCGGCCCAUAAACUAAGUACUCCUUUCAUGAAUCAAAGUACACUGCGCCCUAGGAUGUUUGUUCCUGGAAGAAGAAAGGGAUAGAUUUGUGCCAGAUUAAAAACACAUUUCUUUAGAGCUCCACUUUCCUGAAGUACUCAACCAUUCAGUUUUUAAUCUUUGAAGCAUGCAGAGUAAUUUAAGAUUUUAAUUUUCAUAGAUGUAUUACUUUGAAAGUAUCAAAUAAGAGGAAUUUAUUUUAUUACUACUGAUUAUUGCAUUAGUGUCAGCCAAUAGCAGAGACACUAGUUCAAGACUAGAGAUAUGGUAUUAUGCAGGAGCUUUAGUAAUGGUGCUACUGAGUUGUAAUUUAAAUACUACGGGAUUGUUUCAUUAUUAAAACUGCCUCUGUGCACAGCACUACCACCUUCAAAUUAUUUUAAAGAGAUCCUCUUUUUACUAACCAGAGCAUCUUAACUGGCACAUGGUUUAUUCAUUAGAAAGUGAUCUGGUACAAUACCAUUAUCAACUUAGAAACGUUUUCACAAACAGAGUGGGCAAGAAAGAGGGAAGCCAGGAGUGGCAGUGUCUGUUCCUUUAAUAGCAUAGAAAGAUGUGAAUACCUACCCUAGUCUACAACAUAGGCCUUUUCCGAAUAUGUUAAGCCGUGAACCUUUAGUGUACUGCAGUGGUGUUAAAUCCCUAAUGACAGUGGGAGUUGAAUAUACCAGGGUAGUAGAUAAAUAUACUCAGUUAUGUUCUACAAAGUCAGAGUGUGUAGUUAGUAAUCAGACCUGACUGAUUUGGAAUACAUUUUGCCUCAAAAAGUUGUAUUUGUUUUGUAUAAAAAAAAACAAAAAACUGUUCAACCUAUAUUUUAAACAAAAUAGCAUUUUGUUUUUGAUACUAAUCAAAUGUUUUUUUUAAACUUUAUGGAUUAGAUGAAAAUAAUGUGAUAUACAAAAUGAUUGGAGUAAGCCAAUUAUUUUAAGAAUAAAUGUUUUUGUAGAAUGGAAUGCCAAGGGCAGAUUAACCCAUUCCUUGUUUUGGAAAAAAGAGCAGAUUUUUUGAAAAAUUUCAAAGGAAAGAGCAGAAUUCCAGAAGUGGAGGACAGCACUGAGAAACAAACAAAAAAAAAACAACCAAGACUAAUAUGAGAUCUAUUCUUAAGGGAAAAAAGUGUAAUUAACUAAUUUCUAUUGUGACAUGAACACUUGAAUCUUUUAUUACCUGGCAAAAAUAGCAGCCCAUUUGUAAGGGGAGCAAUAAUCACUACUGUAAAGUUUUUUGUGAAGCUGGGCAUAUUUAACAAAACAGACUAGCAAGAGUUUCAUUUCAUCUCAGGGAGAGAUUUUAAGCAAGCUGAGGCCAUAGACCUAAUUUUAAAAGCUCUGAUUUACAUUUUCUGCACCUUCAACCAUCUCUGCACACAAGUUUAAGCACUGCAGGUGCGCGUGCACACACAGAUUUCCUUUGAAGAUGAGUUAUGAUUUUGUCCUGAACUGGUCAAUUGUGCUCUUUUGCCAAAUGUUCAAUCAUCAGUAUAGAGAAUAAUUUGAAAGUCAAUUAGAUUCAGACUAUUUGUCACUGCAAUAAAUAAAUUUUACCAGUCAGAUCUUUAAAAAAAAAUAAUUAUA